AGUAACAAACAAUAAUCACGGUCGAAGUUAGUGGGAUGUGGAAAUAGUUGGGCUGUGUGGAGUUUGUGCCGACAAUGAAAAGAUAGAAGUCGCUUGUUAUUUUACUUUUUCCCGGGGCACACGUGGGACGGAAUCAAAACCGAGAAGAGAAGCACCCACCGAGGACCGGUGGGAGUUUCAGCGCUGCAUGAAAGUCAGAAAACGAACAAAAGAAGAGAGGAAAAGAUCCGCUCUGUCUGGGUCAAAUUGAAGUUCGUUGAACUGUUUGUUUGAUUUGUUUGUUUGAUUAGGAUUUGAAAAACCUUGCUGCCGUUUCUAGAGUGGGUCAAAAGCAUGGUCAUCCAAAGAGGGUACGCGUUCUCGCUGACGAUUCAUGGUUUCCAGGAGAUGUCAUAACAAUGGCACGCAAAGGUGUGAGGAGUAAAGCCAGCCCUGGAGGCUGACAAGAAGCAUCUUUUGGUUGAUCAGGAUGCAUAUAGCUUCAGUGGGUGUGAGCAAGCUCUGCUUCCUGUUAUCCCUUGCUUUCUGUGGCCUCCUGCUAGUCCUCAUCCCAACCCUCCAACCCCCACCACGCCACGGGGACUUACCCCAGCCCCGUCCCCAUGCCAAGCCUGCCCGGCAAGGCAAGGACUUGGCCAACUCUGUGCAUAACCCUGGGGGUCUGGUACUGCCUGUCCAUGCUGGAAAAAUGCCGUUGGCUACAGGGCGUAAUGGGAGCUCAGUCAGGCAUGGGAUAUCUAUAGAGACUGGGGAUACCAGUAAUGGUGACUAUGGGCCUGGGAGGGCUACAUAUGCUCAGAAAAGUCCACAGGGAGGCUCUCUCCUUAGGGGAAAGAAUGGUGCACCUCCAAGGUCCGGCUCCAGGGAUCCAUUGGAGCUGAAAGACAUUUUUAUUGCUGUGAAGACUACCAGGAAAUACCACAAGUCCAGGCUGGGGCUGCUGUUUCAGACCUGGGUUUCUCAAGCCAAAGAACAGACCCACAUAUUUACUGAUAGUGAGGACAAGGAACUGCGGAUGAGUUCGGGCGCUAACAUCAUCAACACCAACUGCUCAGCAGCACACACGCGACAGGCUCUGUGCUGUAAGAUGUCUGUGGAGUAUGACAAGUUCAUAGAAUCUCAGAAAAAGUGGUUCUGCCACAUGGAUGAUGAUAACUAUGUGAUACUGCCCAGCCUGCUUCGGCUGCUGUCCUCUUAUCACCAUAGCCAGGAUGUCUAUCUGGGAAGGCCCAGUCUAGACCACCCCAUCGAGGCUGCCGAGAGAGUCAAGAGUGAUGGAUCGGUAUCUGUGAAGUUCUGGUUCGCCACAGGUGGCGCUGGGUUCUGCAUCAGCCGAGGUUUGGCCCUAAAAAUGAGCCCAUGGGCCAGUCUUGGGAACUUCAUAAGCACAGCGGAGAAGAUUCGUCUCCCCGAUGACUGCACCAUCGGCUAUAUCAUUGAAGCGUUGCUGGAGGUGUCCCUUACACACACACACCUGUUCCAUUCCCACCUGGAGAAUCUACAGAAACUGCCAGCUGAGACAGUACUGGAACAGGUGACACUGAGCUACGGGGGGUUUGAGAACAGGAGAAACGUGGUCAGCGUUGGAGGGACCUUCUCUCUGAUAGAAGACCCCUCUCGGUUUAAAACGGUUCACUGCCUCCUGUACCCAGAUACUGACUGGUGUCCAAGGGUGAAUCCUCGCCAGAAAAACUGAGACCAGCGACACGGUCAUUUAAGCCUUCACCCUUCAGCAAUGUUUCCCGAAUUUCACUGCAUGACUUUGCUUUUUGUAAAUCAUACUACCUAUUGUUUUUCAGCAAGCACCCUGAGUGAAAAUUAUAUCUAGCUCAUAAGGCAUAAAAGCUUGUUUUACGGGACAUGAAGGAUACACGCUCGGCUUUCUUCAUCGUUUGAGAUA